AUGUAUUCAAGUGUGCUUCAACCAUUGGAUAACAACCCGACCACAUUUGUUGUGGUGUGGAAUUUCGAUGCGUUUGUGCCUACCAGAAAAUUAAAUUCCGAUCUUUUGGAUGUGGUUCUCUAUACGGAUCCAGAAUUAGGAAAUGUUAUCGUAUAUGUACCUGUUUAUCCACUCUGUUCUCUCGCCGAUGUGAAUAUGAUUGCAGAUAAUUCACCGAGAAUAAGCGGACAUGCGGUGCUUCCUCUAGCUCCGACCAGCGAAUGUUGUGCGCAAAGUCAGCAUGUGGUCCUGGUCGAUUGUCACUUUGGAUUGUCUAAUUCCUCGAUCAGCAUGGCGGACGGGGUACGCUCUCGACUGUCUCCCGGAAAGUCCGGUCAAACCAAUGUGAAAUUCAUGCUCACAUUGAAAGUGAGUCCAUUCGGUGUCAGUUUUCCUCGUAAACCUUACUGA